AUGGCGCCGCUCCUGGGCCGCAAGCCCUUCCCGCUGGUGAAGCCGCUUCCCGGCGAGGAGCCGCUCUUCACCAUCGCAGAGUAUGAGGCCCGCCUGGAAAGGUACAGUGAGCGCAUUUGGACCUGUAAGAGUACCGGAAGCAGUCAGCUAACACACAAGGAGGCCUGGGAGGAGGAACAGGAAGUUGCUGAACUUUUGAAGGAAGAGUUCCCUGCCUGGUACGAGAAACUUGUUCUGGAAAUGGUUCACCAUAACACAGCCUCUCUAGAGAAGUUAGUAGAUACUGCUUGGUUGGAGAUCAUGACCAAAUAUGCUGUGGGAGAAGAGUGUGAUUUUGAGGUUGGGAAGGAAAAAAUGCUCAAGGUGAGGAUUGUGAAGAUUCAUCCUUUGGAGAAAGUGGAUGAAGAGGCCACUGAGAAGAAAUCAGACGGUGCCUGUGAUUCUCCCUCAAGUGACAAAGAGAAUUCUAGCCAAAUUGCUCAGGAUCAUCAGAAGAAGGAGCCAGUUGUAAAAGAGGAUGAAGGAAGGAGAGAGAGUAUUAAUGACAGAGCACGUAGAUCUCCACGAAAACUCCCUACUUCAUUAAAAAAAGGAGAAAGGAAAUGGGCUCCGCCAAAAUUUUUGCCUCACAAAUAUGAUGUGAAAUUACAAAAUGAAGAUAAGAUCAUCAGUAAUGUGCCAGCAGACAGCUUGAUUCGUACAGAACGCCCACCAAAUAAGGAGAUACUUCGAUACUUUAUACGGCAUAACGCAUUACGGGCUGGUACUGGUGAAAAUGCACCAUGGGUGGUAGAAGACGAAUUGGUGAAGAAAUAUUCCCUGCCUAGCAAGUUCAGUGACUUUUUACUUGAUCCAUACAAGUACAUGACUCUCAACCCUUCUACUAAGAGGAAGAAUACUGGAUCCCCAGAUAGGAAGCCUUCAAAAAAAUCCAAGACCGACAACUCUUCUCUGAGUUCACCCCUAAAUCCCAAGUUAUGGUGUCACGUACAUUUGAAGAAAUCCUUGAAUGGCUCACCACUCAAAGUGAAGAACUCAAAGAAUUCCAAGUCUCCAGAAGAACAUCUGGAAGAAGUGAUGAAGAUGAUGUCACCCAACAAGCUACACGCCAACUUUCACAUUCCUAAGAAAGGCCCACCUGCCAAGAAAUCAGGGAAGCAUAGUGACAAACCUUUGAAAGUGAAGGGUAGAAGCAAAGGCAUCCUUAAUGGACAGAAAUCCACAGGUAAUUCCAAAUCUCCUAAAAAGGGCUUGAAGACUCCUAAAACCAAAAUGAAGCAGAUGACUUUGUUGGAUAUGGCCAAGGGCACUCAGAAGAUGACCCGAGCCCCACGGAAUUCUGGGGGUACACCCAGGUCUUCUAGUAAACCCCACAAACAUCUGCCUCCUGCUGCCCUACACCUUAUUGCCUACUACAAAGAAAACAAAGACAGGGAGGACAAGAAGAGCGCCCUGUCCUGUGUUAUCUCCAAAACAGCUCGUCUGCUCUCCAGCGAAGAUAGAGCUCGUCUCCCAGAAGAGCUGCGAAGUAUUGUUCAAAAACGCUUUGAGCUUCUAGAACAUAAAAAGCGGUGGGCCUCUAUGUCUGAAGAGCAGCGCAAAGAAUAUUUGAAAAAGAAACGAGAGGAGCUGAAAGAAAAGUUGAAGGAGAAAGCCAAGGAGAGGAGAGAGAAAGAAAUGCUUGAGAAACUGGAAAAGCAGAAGAGGUACGAGGACCAAGAGUUAACUGGCAAAAGCCUUCCGGCGUUUAGGUUGGUGGAUACCCCCGAAGGGCUGCCCAACACACUGUUUGGGGACGUGGCCAUGGUGGUGGAGUUCUUGAGCUGUUACUCUGGGCUACUCUUACCAGAUGCUCAGUAUCCUAUUACUGCUGUGUCCCUCAUGGAAGCCUUGAGUGCAGAAAAAGGUGGCUUUUUAUAUCUGAAUAGAGUGUUGGUCAUCCUCUUACAGACCUUAUUGCAAGAUGAAAUAGCAGAAGACUAUGGCGAAUUGGGAAUGAAGCUGUCAGAAAUCCCUCUGACCCUACAUUCUGUCUCGGAGCUGGUGCGGCUCUGCUUGCGCAAAUCUGACGUUCAGGAAGAAAGCGAGGGCUCAGACACGGACGACAAUAAAGAUUCAGCACCAUUUGAGGAUAAUGAAGUACAAGAUGAGUUCCUAGAGAAGCUGGAGACCUCGGAGUUUUUUGAACUGACGUCAGAAGAGAAGCUCCAGAUCUUGACGGCCCUCUGCCACCGCAUCCUCAUGACGUACUCGGUGCAAGACCACAUGGAAACCAGACAGCAGAUGUCUGCAGAGUUGUGGAAAGAGCGGCUUGCUGUACUGAAGGAAGAGAAUGAUAAGAAGAGAGCAGAGAAACAGAAAAGGAAAGAAAUGGAAGCCAGAAACAAGGAAAAUGGAAAAGAGGAGAAUGGGCUGGGCAAAACUGAUAGGAAAAAAGAGGUGGUGAAGUUUGAACCCCAGGUAGAUGUGGGAGCUGAAGACAUGAUUAGCGCGGUGAAGAGCAGGCGGCUGCUCGCCAUCCAGGCUAAGAAGGAGCGGGAGAUCCAGGAGAGAGAAAUGAAAGUGAAACUAGAACGUGAAGCUGAAGAAGAACGAAUACGAAAGCACAAAGCAGCUGCUGAGAAGGCUUUCCAGGAAGGAAUUGCCAAGGCAAAGCUGGUCAUGCGCAGGACUCCUAUUGGUACAGAUCGAAACCAUAACAGAUACUGGCUCUUCUCAGAUGAAGUUCCAGGAUUGUUCAUUGAAAAAGGCUGGGUACAUGACAGCAUCGACUACCGAUUCAAUCACCGCAAAGACCGUGCGGACUCUCCUGAUGAGGAUUACUAUCCCCGAAGUAAGAAAGCAAACCUAGGCAAAAACGUAAGCAUGAACGUACAAUCUGGCCCAUCAGCAGAAGUUGCUGUGGAGACCACCAUACCCAAACAAGGACAGAAUCUAUGGUUUUUAUGUGAUAGUCAGAAGGAACUGGAUGAGUUGCUAAACUGCCUUCACCCUCAGGGAAUAAGAGAAAGUCAACUUAAAGAGAGACUGGAGAAGAGGUACCAGGACAUUAUUCAUUCUAUUCAUCUGGCCCGGAAGCCAAAUUUGGGUCUAAAAUCCUGUGAUGGCAACCAGGAGCUUUUAAACUUUCUUCGUAGUGAUCUCAUUGAAGUUGCAACAAGGUUACAAAAGGGGGGACUUGGUUAUGUGGAAGAAACAUCAGAAUUUGAAGCUCGGGUGAUCUCAUUAGAGAAACUGAAGGAUUUUGGUGAGUGUGUGAUUGCCCUACAAGCCAGUGUCAUAAAGAAGUUUCUCCAAGGCUUCAUGGCUCCCAAACAAAAGAGAAGAAAACUCCAAAGCGAAGAUUCAGCAAAGACAGAAGAGGUGGAUGAAGAGAAGAAAAUGGCAGAGGAAGCAAAGGUUGCGUCUGCUCUGGAGAAAUGGAAGACAGCAAUCCGUGAAGCUCAGACUUUUUCCAGAAUGCAUGUUCUACUUGGGAUGCUUGAUGCCUGUAUCAAGUGGGAUAUGUCAGCAGAAAAUGCUAGAUGCAAAGUUUGUCGAAAGAAAGGUGAGGAUGACAAACUGAUCUUGUGUGAUGAAUGUAACAAAGCCUUCCACCUGUUUUGUCUGAGGCCAGCCCUCUAUGAGGUGCCAGAUGGUGAGUGGCAGUGCCCCGCUUGCCAGCCUGCUACUGCCAGGCGCAACUCCCGUGGCAGGAAUUACACUGAAGAGUCUGCCUCUGAGGACAGUGAAGAUGAUGAGAGCAAUGAAGAGGAGGAAGAGGAGGAGGAGGAGGAGGAGGAGGAAGAUUAUGAGGUGGCUGGUUUGCGAUUGAGACCUCGAAAGACUGUCCGGGGCAAGCAUGGUGUCAUCCCUCCUGCAGCGAGGCCAGGACGACGGCCAGGCAAGAAGCCUCAUCCUGCUAGGAAGUCUCGGCCGAAGGUACCACCUGUGGAUGACGCUGAGGUGGAGGAGCUGGUACUCCAGACCAAGCGGAGCUCCCGGAGGCAAAGCCUGGAGUUGCAGAAGUGUGAAGAGAUCCUCCACAAGAUUGUGAAGUACCGCUUCAGCUGGCCUUUCAGGGAGCCGGUGACCAGAGACGAGGCCGAGGAUUACUAUGAUGUCAUCACCCACCCCAUGGACUUCCAGACAAUGCAGAACAAAUGUUCCUGUGGGAGCUACCGCUCUGUGCAGGAGUUUCUUACUGACAUGAAGCAAGUGUUUACCAAUGCUGAGCUCUACAACUGCCGGGGCAGCCAUGUGCUAAACUGUAUGGUGAAGACAGAACAGUGUCUGGUGGCUCUGUUGCAUAAACACCUUCCUGGCCACCCAUAUGUCCGCAGGAAACGCAAGAAGUUUCCCGAUCGGCUUGCUGAAGAUGAAGGGGACAGUGAGUCAGAGCCCAUUGGACAGUCCAGGGGACGAAGGCAGAAGAAAUAG